AAUACGAGCAUUAAUGCAGCUCUCAGCAGAACUGAGAGCCACAUGGCUAAUGGACUACAACACCUGCUGCGGCUCGUGCCCUCAUUGGUCUGCAGGUGAUUAACAGGACAUGAACUACAAGACAACAACACUUAAAGCUGUCAAACCUGCAGGACUGUCGAAUAAAAAGCGGAGGCUUUAGCAGACAUGGUGGAGGUAUUUACCGGCCGCGCAAUCCUGAAUAAAGACGGGGAUUUAGUGGAUCCCGAAGAGGCGUUGAGGAAUAAAGUGGUGGGGAUCUACUUUUCUGCAGGAUGGUGUCCGCCGUGUCGAGACUUCACACCCAUCCUGUGCGAUUUCUACACGGAGUUGGUGGAAGACAGUGAACCUCCAGCUCAGUUUGAAAUAGUUUUUGUGUCCUCUGACAAGUCUGCGGACGACAUGGUUGAGUAUUAUCACGACAUGCACGGAGACUGGCUGGCUCUGCCCUGGACGGAUGACUACAGGCAUGAGUUGAAGCAGCGCUACCAAAUCACAGCGGUGCCCAAACUGGUGAUCGUGAAGGAGAACGGCGCCGUGAUCACGGACAAGGGCAGGAAACAGAUCCGGGAGCGAGGCCGGGCCUGCUUCAGGUCCUGGCUGGACGCCGCGGAGAUCUUCCAGAACUUUAAGGGAUAGAAAACACGGCAACCUGCUGCAGCCAGAACUAAACCAAAGUUAAUUGAAUAUUUCUAAGUUUAGUGUUCAGACGAUGAUUAAAGAGCAAAAUUCUGCUUAUUUAUUCCGAUUUUUCUUCUCAAAUUCUGGAUUCUUUGACUUUUUUAAGAACUCUAGAAUCCUUCAAAUGUAACUAUCGAGAAGGAAAAUCAAACUUUAUUUGAUUUGCUCACAAGUCCUGCUUUGAGGGGUUUAUAUUUAAGCGUGUCGGAGCACUGCUGGAAACAUCCUAUGCAUUAAGACAAACCUCAGGCGAGUCCUUCGUGCUUCAAAUGUGAAAAAUGCUUUUAGGAAAUUCUGCUUUUAAUACGAAUAAGAGAAGCCGGCUCCUGUAGUUUAUCAGAAACCAUAAUGUUCUUUAAUGUGCACCAAAUAAACCUGCAGUCCAUCUUUCUCUCCUUGAGUAUAUUUAAAGUUUGACUUGUAGUUCUACUUUGAGCUGCCUGUAUAUUUUUGUAUUUUUAUUUUAUAUGAGUUAUUAAAAUAUAAAUAUAUAUUCUGGGA